AUGAUCCUGGGUGGUGAUUUUAACCUGACUGCUCACCCAGCCCUAGACAGAAGUAAAAUAUCACCCUCUUCAAAAUCGUUCUCUAAAACAAUUAAUAGACAUAUUAACAAAAAUCAACUAAUAGACUCCUGGAGGGCCCACAACGUAGGAAUCAAAGCCUUUACACACUACUCUCACCCACAUGACUGUUACGCUAGGUUGGACUAUAUCUUUUGUACCCCUGUCCUGUUGGCCAACUCAUCCCAAGCUCAUAUACAUCCAUGCCCAUGGUCAGACCACAACAUCAUAUCUUUCGAUACAUCCCACAUAGGCCUUUCCCCUUCAACAUUUAAUUGGCGACUUAACGAUGCCCUUCUUGCAGACUCAGUAAAUAAAGACUCCAUUGCUACUCAUAUCAACAAUUAUUUUGAAGAUAACAUCAACGAAGACACUCCUCCUACCACAAUCUGGGUAGCACAUAAGGCGGUCCUGAGAGGUCAUAUCAUUCAAAUAGCAGCAAACAAAAAUAGAGAAAGACUGAUCAAUAUCAAAAGCCUGACAAAUGAUUUAAAUCAAUUAUACAACAAACUCCAACAUUCAACUUCACAGGAAAUAACACAACAGAUCCAAUCCAAACGUAGGGAUCUGGAUCUUAUUCUGUCAGCCAACACAGAAAGGUCUUUAAGGUUCUCAAGGGCCAAAUUUUUAAUACACAGUAACUCCCCUUCGGCAAUGUUCGCCAGGAAGCUGAACCAAGACAUCAAUCCCACUCACAUUUACAAACUUCGGGACACUCAGGGUAAUCUAGUCACACACCCACGAGGAGUUCUUGAUAUUUUCACAGACUUUUACAAAAAACUACUGUCUGACCCAGGUACAAACUCAGAUACAUUGGCUAACUCCUGGUUAGAUAAUCUACAACUCCCAUCUUUAGACCUUCACCAGACUGAAUCCCUAAAUAGACCCUGUACCAUAGAGGAAAUCUCCCAGGUAAUUAAAUCCCUCAAAGUAUCCACGGCCCCGGGCCCGGAUGGAUUUACAACAUCCUACUAUAAAAAAUUUGCCCCCCUAUUAGCCCCUAAUCUUAUGAAACUUUUCAACCAUGUCCUGGAGGGUAAUCAAUUCCCAGAGGAGAUGCUUUUAGCAAACCUCUCCUUGAUUCCUAAACCAGAUAAGGAUCACACUCUUCCUCAAAAUUUUCGACCCAUAUCAGUAUUAAAUAAUGAUCUUAAAAUAUUCGGUAGAAUCCUCGCAGACAGAUUGGCCACAGUCAUUUCCCCAUUAAUCCACCACGACCAAUCAGGCUUUAUUCCAGGAAGACAGAUAGUGGACAACAUAAGAUUGGUGACAAAUAUUAUCCAAGACGCUAACCUGAACUCCAAACAGGCCUGCCUUUUGAGUUUGGACAUACACAAGGCCUUUGAUAGCAGCUCCGCGGAGAAAGAUGUAACCCUGAAUAUCCUCAGCGUAUUAAGUGAAUUGCUGUCUGCUGGAACACAUCGCCGGAUUCACUACAUGAUCUCCAAGGGAGGAAGCGAGGCCUUACUUCAAACCCUGGUAAACCUAGCAAGAUCAGAAUCCAUUGACUACAGCCUCCUUUUACCCCUUCUCCGCUUGAUGGUCAAGGUAGGCCAGAGAGAUGGACGUUUUGGAGAAAAGGCCCAGAAAUUGGAAGCUAUUGAUGUAACCCUGAGUCUGAUAAGAAAAAAUCUGUCCAAGUCUUCUCACCUGACUCCAUGUCUCUGCACUGUGCAAGUAUAUGCUUCUAAUGUCCCUGUCGGAGAGAUGCUGGGUAUAAAUGGUGCCUUGGAGUUACUUUUUAAAAUUAUUUCCCCUUUUACCAGAAAAAAUACGCAAACCAUCAAGGCAGCCAUCGGAGCACUAGCAGCUCUACUGAAAUCAAAGUCCAAUGUCAGAAGAGCGGUGAACAGAGGCUAUGUUUGUGGCUUGCUGAAUUUCUACCAAGAUUGGCACAUCAGUGAUUCUUCCAAUGCCUACAUCCAAAUCCGAAGAGGCCUACUGCGCUGCCUUAAACAUAUGACCAAUGUGCGAUCGGGAAGAGAAGCCUUCAUACAAGCCCGCGGAAUGGAGAUACUCUACAAUACGACACAAGAAUGUUUGCGUUGGAAAAACCUGGACUCUGUGGUCAGCGCAGCAAUACAGGUUUUAAGAAAGUGCUGUCCGAAGUGCACGCUGCCGCUCUGCAGUACUAAUAGCUCCUAUACCUAUCCCGUGCCUGGAGCAAGCCAGCCAAUCACCGCAGCAAAAGAAUUCUCCCAAGAAGAUGAGUCAGAAGAUGAAGAUGAGAGCGAUACGGAUUUAAAUGUCAUGAAUGAUGAGAAUAAAGAAGAAGAUGAUGACUUGGAAACAGACUUGAAAAAAUUAAGGUCAAAACCUAAGCCUGAUCGACCAGAAAAAGAAUUUGAGCAAUAUAAAGCAUUUUUUUCAGAGCUUUUUCUAUUCAAGGACAAGGACUCCGAAAUGGAAAAAGUCGCAAGUGACAAAGGCAUAAUAUCCAGCGAAUGCGCACAAGACAUUCCACCCACUGAGGGAAUUAUGAAGGAUUGUCACGGAAGGGUUAAGCAAAGAACAUCUGAAGAUACAUUUUCACAGGUGACUCAUUUGCCACAAAGAAAGCAAAGUCCCAGCCAAAGAUCUAACCUGGAGGAGAGAAAUCUAAGCAAGCAAGUGGAAAUAGUGGAGCAUCACCAGCUAAAAAAACAACCAGCUUCCUGCUCAAGUAUGACUUGUGGAGGACCAAGCAAAUGUGUCAGAUCCUGCAAACCUAAACUGAGUGAUGAUGUUAAUGAGUCUGAAAGUCAUAUGGUGGUAAAACAACUUUUGGAACAACACAAAGGCAACAUACCUUUUCAUGACCCUCAUGUUUACAUGACUGUUGCCGGGAAAACAAAAUCGGUUCCUAAUUACAGCGUUUUGGCUUUCCCAGACUUCUGGGGCCACUCUUCUCCGGUGUUCACCCAAAAACUUGAAGAUAAGAAGUUUGGAUCACAGAGGAAUAAAAUCUUUGAAGAUAUCCAGCGACAUUUGAACACUGAUGGACUCCUUAACCGAGUUGUGUUUGACUUGGACAACCCAAGCAUUGCAGAAGGUUGUGAAGAGAUGAACUGUUUGAAGUUCUUUUCCAAAUUUGAAUCUGGGAAUCUAAGAAAAGCUAUACAAGUGCGUGAGUUUGAAUAUGACCUGAUUAUGAAUGCAGAUGUCAACACUAAUGAACAUCAUCAGUGGUUCUACUUUGAAGUCAGUGCAAUGAAAGCUAAUGUCCCAUACCGCUUCAAUGUCAUAAACUGUGAAAAAUCUAACAGCGAGUUUAACUAUGGUAUGCAGCCAGUUAUGUACUCUGUGAAAGACGCUCUCAGUGGAAAGUCUUAUUGGUUGAGAACUGGCUCAGACAUUUCUUAUUACAAAAAUGCGUUUUGUUAUCGGACAUGUGAGGCUAAGAAAAGAACAAGAUACUUUACUUUAACAUUCACAGUGAAGUUUCCCCACUUUGAUGAUGUCUGCUACUUGGCUUAUCAUUACCCCUACACCUACUCAGCACUUAUGUCUCACCUACAACUUUUGGAACACAGAUAUGAUCCUCAAAGAGUAUACUUCAAGCAACAAACCCUGUGUGACACGUUGGGGGGGAACCCUUGCCCCAUUGUCACCAUCACUGCCAUGCCCAAGUCGAGGUCUAAGAACCACAAGGAGGAGUUUUGCAGUCGUCAUUAUGUGGUUCUCACUGCCCGGGUACAUCCAGGAGAGAGCAAUGCCAGUUGGGUAAUGAAGGGAACACUUGAGUUUCUUAUUAGUGAUGACCCUAUUGCUGAGAUUCUGAGGGAAAUGUUCAUUUUUAAGAUCAUCCCCAUGCUUAACCCAGAUGGAGUCAUCAAUGGCAAUCACAGGUGCUCCCUAAAUGGUGAAGAUUUAAACAGACAAUGGCUCUCCCCAAAGUGCAAUCUACAGCCUACUAUUUAUCAUGUGAAGGGAUUGCUGUACUAUCUAAGCAGCAGUGGUAGAACGCCAAUGGUUUUCUGUGAUUAUCAUGGCCAUUCUCAAAGAAAGAAUGUGUUUUUCUAUGGAUGCAGCAUAAAGGAGACCUUGUGGCAAGCAGGAUGUGUGGUGGAUUCUUCUGUUCUUUUGGAGGAUGUUGGAUACAGGACUUUACCUAAAAUCCUGGAUAAGAUUGCUCCUCCAUUCUCAAUGGCCCACAGCAGCUUUUUAGUGGAAAAGGCGCGAGAGUCUACAGCCCGUGUUGUGGUAUGGCGAGAGAUGGGUGUUUUAAGAAGCUACACAAUGGAGAGUACCUACUGUGGAUUCAAUCAAGGGCCUUACAAGGGCUUACAGGUUGGAACUAAGGAGCUUGAAGAAAUGGGAGUGAAAUUCUGUCUGGGACUCCUGAUACUUCAAUCUAAAACACUUUACAACAGUUCAGCCAGGCUUCCUCAGAUAGAGGCUUUACUAGAGGCAGAAAACGAGAGCUUUGACAGCCCACGGACCAGCAGCGCUGAAACCGACGAUGAACCGCCAUGCGAAGAAGAGAUUGAUUACAAUACGGAUAGCUGUUCAGAGGAGGAAAUCUCAGAGUUGGACACUCUCAAUGCUGAAGACAGUCUGAACGAAGAAAAGAACGGUGCAGGGAAAGAGACGAGUUCAGAAGAGCUGAGCAAAGAAGAUGUGUUGCCCACAAAGUUGAAUUGUUCCACCAGGAAAACUCUCCCAAUUGCACCCAAACAAUAUGGCUGCUAACCGGAGGUUGCCUGCCCUCUCGGUGAGCAGAACUGUGAGAACUCCAGCAAAACACAAAUGGCACAUCGUUAUCUUUAUUAACAUAGACGUAGAUGUAAAUAAGUGUCCUGAUGUUACUCAAUAUUGGGCUUAUGUACUAAGUCAACUCACCCUUUUAUGUCA